AUGGAUAUGUCCGACAUGACAAUGUCGGCGACAACGACAGCCAUGUCCAUGGCCACAUCAACAUCUUCAUCCAUGUCGUCCAUGUCAGAUUCAGAGAUGUCUAUGAGCAUGGCAGACAUGGCAAUGACGUUCUUCGUUUCCUUCAAAACACCUCUUUUCUCCGCCGAAUGGACUCCAGGAACAAAAGGACAGUAUGCCGGCACUUGUAUAUUCAUCAUUGCGCUGGCAGUCAUAAUGCGCGUGCUUCUCGCCUUGAAACCGAUUCUCGAAGGUCGUGUAUGGACUGAUAGCAUACACGACCCUAUGCCUCAACAUCAUUCACAUGUCGAAGCCGGCAAGAUCCCACAGACUCCCUCGGGACUUCGUUCAACCAUGCAAGAAGUUAGUCACCGCUGGUCUUCAUGGCGGAUAAAUCCUGCGGCUGGUCGGGCGACGUUUGAACUUGUUAUGGCGGGUGUGGCAUAUCUACUGAUGUUAGCGGUGAUGACGAUGAACGUCGGAUACUUCAUGUCAGUCCUUGCAGGUGUCUGGCUUGGAACCUUCAUUUUGGGAAGUGUCGCGGCUGAUAGCAGAUGGAUGCACUGCUGA